CAAGGGUGAUUAAACUUCUUUAAAAAAUAACACGCGAAUAAAUUAUCACAGAAAUUUUGUCACUGUGUGAAGACUGCAACGGCAAAAAAUAUCUAAGCCUUGUCAACUUCAGAUUCCACAAUUUAGAUUUUCAGAUCAGCAAAUUUAACCGGAUGGUGUUUUCGAAUCGGCUAUGUGAAUCAAUCCGUUUCGAUCCCGAAGUUUCAGCCAUCAGAUGAUACGUUGUGAUGACAGGAAAAUCGAGGGGGCUUGCACUAAGGAUAAGUGGACAGACAGGAAGCUGCGUAAGCUUGUAUCCUUGUACCGGAAGUACCCCUGCCUGUGGCAGAAGGACGCAAAUGCGUAUUUGGACAAUAGAGCAAGGCACUGCGCCUACAGAUCGAUACACAAUGCAAUGUCGCCGCUUGAAUGCAACUUUAUAGAAGUUAUGAUGAAAAUCCGUGAGCUACGCCGGAUGUACGUUAUGGAAUUGAAAAAAUAUUUGCAAGCAGAAACUGUGAAUUGUUACUACGACUCGGGUUGUACAUGGUUUCAUAUAUUGCAUGAAUUCUUAUAUUCAUAUUUGGACUACGACGAAGUUGCUGAGUUACACGACAUGCCACGAAUUUUAUCAACCUGUAACAUACAGCAUAGUCACAAAAAAGGGAGCGAUGACAAGGAUUUUCAAAAUUCCUCAAACACACGUCCUGAAUGGGCAAUCCCAAAAAAUACUCCUACUGGCAAUCUUCAAGAGAGUCCUACCAGAAUAAUUGAGUGUAAGCCAAAGAAGCAAGAGGCCCAUGGUACUUUGAGAUGCUGUAAUUCAGUUGAAUCAAGAAAAUCCAUUUCUCUGACUAUUUUAUACAAUAAGAAUUCCGAAUACUACAGUAAAGAAGGUUCCUCUGCUACGGAUCAGGAAAUUUCGUGGACUGCUGAAUCUACAUAUAAAAAGCCAAACUUGUCAACCGUUCGGAAGCAGUCGGUUAAUGAAGCGGAAUUUAAGUCACGUAUAGAAGCCGAGGACGAAUUUGACAUAUUUUCACGAAGCGUAGCGUGCCAGUUGAAGAAAAUGGAGAGAAAUGCUGCACUGAAAGCGCAAAUGGAAAUACAGAAAAUUCUCACAGAGAGACUUAUCGGUCCACAAACAGCAACGGAAACCGUGAGAACCACAUCGAAAAUUCUUGUACCAUGGAAUGUCGAUUCUGAAAGAUACGUAAAUCCACCAAAUUCGAUAAUAAAAAGAAAUCAAAACACGAGGGCGAACAAAAACGUUCUUAAUCCCAUAUCGACUUUUAAGAGGACCGCUGCCCAGCUCCAGAAAUCAUUGAUACGCAGACCAGCGGAACUAAACCAAUCGGAAAGAAUUGGUACGAAACAUGGUCCGAUCACUCCAGUUGUUAAAACCCGACGAGACGGAAAGUAAUCGAGGACUGUAUCGCCCGCGCUAUUGGUCAAGAUCGCCGUAACUUUGUGAUACCGACGUCGAAAAGAAAGCUGUAAGGUUACAUAAUAUCCUCCCAUUUCCCCUCCAAAAAACGUGUCACGAGUCCUCAAUGAUCUGAGACCUCAAAAGUUGUUCACGUUCAAGGAUUACGGCUUUCCACUGAAAUGGAUUUUCAAAAUCCUGAAAAGCUUUCGAAUUCCACUCUCUAAUGGACACCCAGUACAUACUGCUUGUGGACAUAGUAUACAUGUAGAUUACAGACGUUAAUGAACAUGCAGUAUGAUUUACAAUUUAAUGAGUAUGCUUCAAGUCAAGUAACCACGAAAUUAAAAUUUUACAAUAUGAAAUAAUGAAAUACAAAAAA